AUGGCCGACGCUGCCCUCGGCGUGGUGCAAUGGGUGGUGAGCAAGGCGCUAGCCACCGUCACGGAUAUCUUCCAGGAGGCUUGGGAGGGCACCAGGAUGUUUGGUCCCAACGUUGAGGCCCUCAGGAUGGAACUGCUGCUCGUCAAGGCCACGCUCGAAAAUGCUGCCUGCAAGGAGAUCAGCGGUCCAGCCAUGGAGGAGCUGUUGCAGAUGAUGCGGGACUCGGCGCACAAUGCUCAAGACUUGCUGGACGAGCUGGACUACUUCCGCAUCCAGGACAAGCUCCGCGGCACAUAUGAGGCUGCCGACGAGCACGGCGAGGGUGGUGUCCAGCACCUUGCCCGUGAUGUUCGCCACACUCGCAAAUCUAUUAGCAAACGGCUGGCAUCUUUCACCGGGUCCUGCUUUGGUGCCAAUGCUCGCCAUCCCCAACAAGAAGAUGCAAGACAACAUGUCAGCUGUUGCGCUUGGCAGCAUGCUAGGCACAUAACACGCGGCGAUUCCUCCUCUGCGCCAAACGCCAAUCAGGCUGAUCAGGAGGUCUCCCCGCAUCCACAUGUUCAUGGUAAUGAAGAUCGUGACAAUGCACCAGAAACACCAAUACCAGAGUUUAAUAGGCCUGAUUUCUCUCAAAGGAUGACUGCCAUUGUAGAGAAACUGCAGCCUGUGCGUAAUGAGGUUGACAAGAUUUUGCAACGUUAUGACCGUAGAAGUGUUCUUCACAUUGCCCAGAGCCGUCCCACCACCACACCUCUGAGUGCAGAGCCAAAAAUGUAUGGGAGGGACCAUGUCAUGAAGAGUAUCAUAGAUGAUAUCACGGAGGGGCAAUACAGUGACAAGGCUCUAACUGUGCUUCCAGUUAUUGGUCCGGGGGGAAUUGGGAAGACAACUCUGAUACAACACAUAUAUAACAACCAGCAAGUGCGGAAUCAUUUUCCGGUCAGGAUUUGGAUAUGUGUGUCGUUUAAUUUCAACCUGGGUAAGGUGCUAGAACAGAUUAAAGAAUAUACCCUUGCGGCUGAAGGUGAAAAUGGGUGUAUGAGACCAGAAGAGCUGAUUGAACACAGAUUGAAAUCCAAGAGGUUCAUACUUGUAUUGGAUGAUAUAUGGCAGUUUACUAAUGUGGAUGACUGGGAAAAACUAUUAUUGAUACUCGGCAAGUCACAAGAAAAGGGCUCCAUGGUUCUAGUCACAACUCGGCAGAAAGAGAUAGCAGAUCAAGUUAAGAAAACUGUAGAGCCAAAAGAACUGAGUGGUUUAGAACCUGAAGAGUUUAGGAAGUUAUUCCUUGUUUAUGUCUUUGAUGCAGAGCAAUAUCCCAGUGAAAAACUUCAUUUGCGUGAGACUGGAGAUAAGAUAACAGAAAAACUAAGGUGCUCCCCUCUUGCAGCAAAGACCGUUGGUAGAUUACUGAGGACAGACCCUUGUUUGGCUCAUUGGAAAAGGGUCCUAGAAAGUAAAGAAUGGGUGAAGCAGACCAAUGGCAAUUGGAUUAUGCCUGCUUUGGAGCUUAGCUAUGACUUUCUCCCUUUCCACCUGCAACAAUGUUUUUCCUAUUCUGCAUUGUUUCCUGAAGAUUACCCUUUCAGAAGCCGUGAGCUCAUCAGCCUGUGGAUUGGACUAGAUAUUUUGAUACUUGAUGGUCAAAAUCAAACACUUGAAGACAUAGGUUUCAGAAAUUUACAGGAGUUAGUCAUCCAUGGAUUUUUCAGAGAAGAGCAAGUUGAUGGUGAUCGGUGUUAUGUUAUGCAUGACCUGCUGCAUGAUUUGGCAUUGAAGGUUGCAUCUCAUGAUUGCCUUAGUUUACGUUUCCCUGAUGUUGGAUCAGUAAAAAUUUAG